CAGGUCACGUUCACUGCUUUCGUCCGAGUUAGGUGGAUUUCAGAUAAGAAUAUAUCCAAACAUCAACAUUUUGUACAUGCUUCUCGGACUGACGGGUGUCUUUCCCGUCAAGUGGGAGUAGGGCACAUUUCGCAGGAUGCAGCCCCUCAAGGAUGCACAGCUGGGCGCUUUCACGUUCUUUGCCUCGGCUCUCCCCCAUGAUGUCUGUGGGAGCAACGGCCUUCCCCUCACCCCUAACUCCAUCAAAAUUCUGGGACGGUUCCAAAUCCUUAAGACCAUCACCCAUCCCAGACUGUGCCAGUAUGUGGACAUCUCCAGAGGAAAGCACGAACGUCUCAUUGUUGUCGCCGAACACUACGAGAGAGGUUUGAGUGAUUUCCAAAAACAAGGACACAAAGUCAGCCCAGAGAGGGUUUUGCAGCUUGCCUACGAGGUCCUUGAAGGUCUGGCCUUCAUGAACAAACACGGUAUGGUGCACAGAGCCCUGAGUGUCAACAAUGUGCUCCUGGACCGCGAGGGGAACGUAAAGCUGGCCAAGUUCGGCCUCUAUCACAUGACUGAUCACGGCGCUGAUGUGGACUUUCCAAUUGGGUACCCAUCAUACCUUGCCCCAGAGGUGAUCGCUCAGGGUUCCUUCCACCCCAGUGACCCUUCCCACAAUAAAGCGCCGCGACCCUCCGGACCCAAAACGGAUGUGUGGUCGCUGGGAGUUCUGCUCUUUGAAUUGUGUGUUGGUCGAAAGCUGCUGCACAACAUUGACAUAAGUGAGAAGCUGAAGUUCAUUCUAACUCUGGGCUGUAUGGACGACAUUGUCACCGUCCUGGGUGAGGAGCACGGUUGCCUGGAAACCAUCAAGGACCUGCCUGAGAAUGUUCUGGAGUUACUACGAAAAUGCUUGACCUUCCUUCCUUCCAAACGGCCGACCCCUGGCGAGCUCCUCGGAGAUCCAGUGUUCGAUGGCGUUUCUUGCCUCUACACGACAUUCCAGAAGCCUGUGAGCCUCUUCUCAUCUUCACUGCGCUGUGCACAUCUGGAGCUCCCGGAGGACAUCGGCGACCUUUGCAAAGAUGACGACGAUGACUACCUAGCCGAGCGGGCCAUAAAUGAGGUGUAUCACCUGUGGUGCCUGGCAGGGGGCGACCUUGAGAAGGAGCUGACCAAUAAGGAGAUCAUACAGUCCAAACCUCCCAUUUGCACACUACCCAAUUUUGUCCUGGAGGACGGGGAGUCGUUUGGCCAGUGGAGGGAUCGGAGUUUCUUACUUGACGACACAACAGUGACACUAUCACUGUGCCAGCUGAGGAAUAGACUAAAGGACGUGGCAGGCGAAGCUUAUUUCCCUCUGCUGGAGGACGAACAGUCGAGUGUGACGCAUUCCAACAGCGCCAACGAGCUGUCGGCCACGGUCACCCUGCCGCUCAUCAUCCGCGAGAGAGACACCGAGUACCAGCUCCUCCGCAUCAUCCUCUUCGACAGGCUGCUUGAGGCUUAUCCCUACAAGAAGAAGCUGGUGUGCAAAGAGGCCAGGGUGGACAUCCCGCCUCUUGUGCGUGGUCUGGCGUGGGCUGCGCUGCUGGGCAUUGAGGGGGACAUUCAGGCCAAAUACGAAAGCACAGACAAGGACACGCCCAUUCCAACUGACAGACAGAUCGAAGUGGACAUCCCCAGAUGCCACCAAUACGACGAGCUGCUGUCGUCUCCGCACGGCCACGUUAAGUUCAGGCGGGUUUUGAAAGCCUGGGUGGUCUCCCAUCCGGACCUGGUCUACUGGCAGGGUUUGGAUUCACUUUGCGCCCCGUUUCUCUACUUGAAUUUUAACAAUGAGGCUUUGGCUUACUCUUGUAUGUCGGCCUUCAUCCCCAAAUACCUCUUCAACUUUUUUCUGAAGGACAACUCGCACGUCAUCCAAGAAUACUUGACAGUCUUCUCCCAAAUGAUCGCCUUCCACGACCCAGAGCUGAGCAAUCACCUCAACGAGAUCGGCUUCAUCCCUGACCUCUACGCCAUUCCCUGGUUCCUGACCAUGUUCACACACGUGUUUCCGCUGCACAAGAUCUUCCACCUGUGGGACACGCUGCUGCUGGGCAAUUCUUCUUUCCCCUUCUGCAUCGGUGUAGCCAUACUGAAGCAGCUCAGGGACCGCCUCCUGGCUAAUGGCUUUAACGAGUGCAUCCUGCUGUUCUCUGACCUGCCAGAAAUUGACAUUGAGCGCUGCGUUCGUGACUCUAUCAACCUAUUCUCCUAUACACCAAAAAGCGCCACAUUCAGACAACACGCGCAGCUUCAGAAGGUGUCCGGUGAGAAAAACGUCACGUACUACUCGUCCGACUACCAGGAUUUCCCCAAGACGGACCUUUCUCGGGAGCCUCUGGCGCUGUUGGACCUGAAAGCUGAAGUGUCCCCUCGCAUCUCGGCAGAGGACUUCAUCGACCUGUGCGACAUGUCGUUCUCCGGAAGCAACAGGACCAAAGGCAGCAAGCCAAGAAUUAUUGCUGUUGACAUCCGCAGCGUGGAGGACUUCAGCAGAGGCCACAUGUCCGGCAGCAUCAACGUUCCCUUCGGCACAACGUUCGGAGCCAACGAUGAGGUGCUGCAGUGUCCAGCAGCGGGGAUCCUCCAGAACUACGGCGGGCGGGUCGUCGUCGUCAUCGGUCACGCCGCGAAGAAAGCUGCUGUGUUUGCCACACACCUCGUCAAGGUGAACUUCCCACUGGUUUGCAUUCUGGAUGGAGGGAUCAACAAGCUGAAGCCCACCGGACUUCUGACCGUUCCUUCCCCUCAGAUCUGACCCAAGCUGUUGAAGCUAUUGGGGGGGGAAAGACGUGCAUCAUUAAUGAUUGAAUGCGCCCCCAAAACAUGGGAACAUCUAAAGUCCAAUAAGGUAGACUCUGAACUAAAUUUGUGUGCACCAAUAGUGGGUAUGUUGCAGGUGAUCUACUAAGAUUGUGUGCCCAGUUGAUAACAAGUGAAAAAGUUUUAAUAUACAAAAAGCUGUAGUAAAUCAGGCUUAUAAGAGUUUCAAGCACCGUCAUGGAAGAUCUCCAAAACCACUGAAAGUGCGAGUGUCUUUUGCUUCUUCUUUGCCCUUUUUGUGUCUUUAUCCAGUAGAAGAAAUGGUGUCAUGUAUCACUGUUUCCCCUGAAAUGUCCUCAUAUACAAAGUAUAAUGGCUUGCCCUCCCCAUACGGAAUUAAAAUUAAUUUGAUGAUUUUUUUUUGUAAUAAUUUAUAAACACGCUCUUGCCAUCGCUAAAAGUAAUUAUUAAUCCAAUUUUAACUUGUUUAUAAGGACAACAUUGAUGGAUCACCUCCUUGUUAUGUUAGUUUGAUAUAAGAAAGAGAAUAAUCUAAUGUUGUUGUUAAAGUUAAGCAUUUUUGUGAUUUCUGAUCGUUUGUAAGGGCACCAAGCAGGACAGUACAGUUCAGCAUGUCGUAUUUGUUUUAGUUUGUUGAUAAAGAAAAAGUUGAUGAAUCGCCUCCUUGUUAUGUUUAUUUGAUAUAAGAUUGAGAAGAAUCUAAUAUGGCUGUUAAAGUUAAGGAUUUUUUUUUAUUUCUGAUCGUUUGUGAUGGCAU